GCGAGGUUUUUGUGGGCAAUGGCGGAUCAAGGCCCCCAGGCGAUGCAUUUCACGCUUCAUCUGGAUAAGCCGAUCGCUUGCCAGGUGGAGAUCGCGUCUUGGAAUCCGGAGAAGGAUUUGCUCGCAAUGGUGAGCACGGAUCAUCAGCUCACGGUCCAUCGAUUCAACUGGCAGAAGCUGUGGACGAUUUCUCCGGAGAAGAAGAUCACUGCUAUAUGCUGGCGUCCCGAUGGAAAGGCUCUAGCAGUCGGGCACGAAAAUGGCGAAAUAUCUCUUCACGAUGUCGAGAAUGGCGAGGUUUUGAGAACACUUGAAGCGCACAAGGCCUCGGUUCAGUGUGUCUACUGGGUGGAAGAAAGGUCUGCUCGAUCACAGGGUUCCACUUUACAUGAAGAUCGAACUUCGAGAUUUUUUCCUCCACCGCCAAAGCCACCAGCAAUGCCAGGAACAGGCCCUGCGUUUGAUAUGGCUGGCGCAUUUGCUUCUGGGGAUGAUCAAGAAAACAUUUCUCAGAAUGCGGCAUCGAAACACUCUGAGCAGUACCUCAACAUCUUGUGCAGCAGCGACAGCAAUGGGCUUGUUUGCCUCAACGCAUUUGGCUUGUUUGCCAUUGGAGAACUGAACUUACACAACUUUCCCAAUUGGAAGCAACUAUCAGCUGUGAAGGUAUUCUGUUUCUCUGAUCGUGGUAGCGUUUCUAACCUCGAAGAAUGGUAUCUACAGGUGAUGCUCUCUGGCGACCUAUGCAACAUGAUCCUGCUUUGCCAUGACCAGGAUAAAAACUCGGGAUUAGUCUCCAUCUCAGUCGAUACUACUUUGCUUAACAGUCGGCGCAAUGAAAUUCGUCAAGUUGCACUACAGGCUUCCAGCAUUGAAGAGCUGCUAGAAGUUCUGCAAAAAACUUUGACGGUCAUGAGAAGACACUGGGUUGAUGCAAUGAGCGCGUUUGCCGACAAAUUUAGUGCAUUUCAGACACUCCUCCGUGAAAAUGGAUCGCUGUCAACACCACGUGAUGAGCUCCUGACCCUUCUGGCUUGUGGCUCAGCAAGUGUCUCCCUCCAUCAGUUCCUUGCUGUUACAUUAGGAGAAGGGGGACUGAAAAAACUUGGAAAAAGCAUUGAUGCUGCCGGGAGGGAGAUUCAGGUUCUUAUAGCUGAUCAUCUUCAACCUGCCGCAGAGAUUUUAGCAUUCAGGAUUGGCGAGCUCCUUGGUCUGUCACGUUGGCGUAGUCAGCUGCAAUCCAUCGGUCUAGACGAAGUUCUGGUUAACUCUGUCAUGGAGAACGCAGGAAUGCUAAUGGUGCAAGUGGAACGAUUUCUUCAUGUAGUGAGUGACACGGUUGGACAGUAUCGUCUCUUCUUCGUAUGGCUUACAAAAUCGCUGCGACUAUUUAAUGCCGAGACUUCACCCUUGCAUACAGAGCCCAUCAACAGUACAGCCAUCGCGACAUUUUUGAGACAACAGUUCGACUCAGAUCUCAUUGGACCACAUGUAAUUUCGGAAGGUGUUCUACCGAACAUUGGGUUUGAAGAGGACUUGUCGAAAGCUGAAGAACUUCUUUUGCUUGGCGGAUUUCAAGACGUCAAGUUCCUCCAAAGGACUCUCUUUCAGCAGCUCAAUUGUCUGUGUGACAGCUGGCGAGCUGCCAUUUCUAAGCCCGUCGCUGUAAUCUCCCCUAGAUUGUGUUUUAAAAGUCAUUUCUUCCUCUGUGAGUUCCCCAAGCUUCUUCCGUUAUCGUGCACAUACUAUGAGAUGAAAACGGAAACCCCCAGUUUUGUUGAUUAUACAUGCUUUGAGAUUCAUACAGACGGGCUGAACCAUAUCGGUGUACUUCGUGGCUUCAACUCCCAAAGCAUGGGCUCCGACGGAAACGAAGUUGAAGCCGUGGUCCUGCAACUCAAUGAACACCUUACCUGUUUGGAUUUUUCCUUGUACAAGGAGAAACAACUGCUUUUGCUACUCAAUGAAAGAUUACCUCAGUGUGGUAGCAAUCAGGCGUGGAUUAUGGUAUUGGAGCUGGAAGAGCUGCCUUUUAUAUCAUUGAAGUCGCAGACUAACGAGGCGAGGGAAAUUCUCCGGUUUUGCACGUCGAACGAUGCUCUUGCAUUCGUCGGCUUGAGGAGCGGCAAAGCUCGAUCCAUCCUUCAGCUGGACGUGAUCCCUCCCAUCGCCGUUAGUGCUUCAAGAGGACUUGCGUGCGUUUUCGCUGCUCAAAAGCGAGCAAUGCUUUACGAUCUGGAAGAAGACGAGGAAGAAAAGGAUGAUUGACAGGUACUUCAUUUUUUCGAAAUCUCUACUUUGCUGUGACGCUGGUCAUACGGCUUUGCCACGCGGCGCCAGCCUGUUCGUCGCUCCUUUUGAGUUUCUGUGGACCCAAGGAGGUAAUGGAAUGAAUUUUUUCGCUGGCUAUUCCUGAAGCUCUGCCAGGCGAUAGCUGGUACUGAAUCAAAGCUUCCAGUUA